AUGCUGUUCACAAAGCAAGCAUUAGCUGCUGCGUUGCUGCAGGCACUCGGUGUCGUUGCAUUGCCGCUCGACCCAACACCAGUGUACAAGCCCGCAACACCAGCGCGGCAGGCAGCACCGCCAGCGACCUUCACCGCAAACGCAAACAUCGGUCCUGGAGGGAGCACGUUCACAGACUCGCCGCACUUCCGAGUCUAUGGAGCCACCGGCACCACCGCCACGAACGCGCUGAAUAUGCUCGAGGCUGCGUACAGCUGCUUCGUCGACACUCUUGCCUGGCGGUCCUCGGGCCUGGCUUACAAUGAUCCUAACGACGAUGGGCCAUGGACUAAGGUUAACGUGUACUCGGUAUCAACACUUACGGGAGCUGCUGGUGUCAUGCAUUCCGACUACAACACCGGCAUGAGCUGGCUCGAGGUCGUCAACAACUACCUGGCAGUGCCCGGGGUCGCAGUCCAUGAGUACGGCCACGGCUUGACUUAUCACGAGAAGAACUGGGUCGACCAGGGCAGGACCGGAGCCUGGUGGGAGACCGUCGCCAACUGGGUGGCUGACACUUACAAGACCUCGCCGCUGUGUGCCAGCGCCAGGUCCAAGUACGGCCAGUCCACCAGCGCCACCGAGAUCAACCUCAACAAGGUCAUCGGCGACUCCUUCCAAGUCCUCGUAGAUGGGACCGCCGGGUCCGGGAACUACUACGAGGCCUGGCCCUUCCUCAGCUUCCUGACCUACAACCUGGACAACUUCGCCGGCCUGGGCACGAACACGAUCCGCGAGUCCUUCCGCCAGUACAGCAAGGGCAGCAACGAGACGCCCCUGCACACCUUCGCCCGGCUCUCCACGGGCGCGACGAUCCAGAAGGUCGUGGGCCGCUACUGGGCCCGCAUGGCCUACGUCGACAUCGGCCACCCGACGGCCCAGUCCGUCUUCCUCAGCCAGCGCGGGCAGUACAACUACGCCAACCUCGACAGCCAGGGCAGCGGCGUCUACAAGGUCAAGGCAGCCCGCCGGCCCCGGUACAUGGGCGCCAACAUCGUGCCCCUCAAGAAGUCCGGGGCCGUCACCGUCACGGCCAAGAUCACCACCAGCGGGGCGUACACCGCGACACUUGCUGUGCGCAACACCAGCUCUGGCGUCACGCGCUACGUCGACUUUGCCAACGGGUCGGCGUCGACUUCGGUCACCAGCGGUGAGGAGGCCUCCGUUGUAGUUGCUAACACACCUGCUCUUAUCCAAUACGACCCCUUCAGCAUCGGCAGCGAUGUCAAUGCGGGCUUGGACUACACUCUGAUUCUGACUGGUGCUACGGCAUAG